AGUCCUGCUUUAGUUCUUUUGGGGGCACUGUGUGAUAAUUUAGGGUUUCUUGGCUCCUCUGUUAUUCGGACUCUCCCGUGAGAAAAACGAAUCAGGGUUGUCUGUGAAACGCUAGAGAGUUUGUGCAACUGGUUCUACUGGAGAAAUAGGACCAUCUCCGACUUGGUCAAACUCUUCUGGUCUCAUUGUCAUUUUAGAAACUAUCAUUUGGCCAAAUAAUCAAACUGAUCCAAUCGUGUUUACUCACAUGGACAUCAUCAGUCACUUGUCGGAUGAUUUGCUCUUGCGGAUUCUGUCAUUUGUUCCUACAAAAGAUGUCGUGGCCACAAGUCUUUUGUCCAAAAGAUGGGAAUGUCUUUGGACGUCAGUGUCCAAACUUGGUUACGAUGAUAGCUAUCAUCACACCGGUGACUACAAGAACUUCUCGCAGUUUGUUUACAGGUCUUUGCUCUCCAAUAAAGCACCAGUACUAGACAAGUUACAUCUCAAGCUCGGCCCUGACUGUCCCUUCAUCGAUGUUGAACUAUGGAUUAACAUCGCACUUAGUCGCCGUGUCCGUGAGCUAGAAAUUGAUCUUUUUUCCAAGGAAGAGUCUUUUAAUUUGCCUAAUAGCCUAUACACCUCUGAAACACUAGAGAUCUUGACACUCAUCAGCUGCGUCCUCGUGAACGUCCCUUCUUCCGUUUGUCUCCCGUCUCUCAAAACUCUCAAGCUUGACCGUGUCGAUUACACAGACAACGAUACUCUACCGCGUCUUCUAUCCGGUUGUCCAAAUCUCGAAGUCUUGUUUGUGGAACGACAUGUUGGAGACGAGACAACUGAUUCUAUCGUCGUCGCGCCUUCGUUACAAAGACUAACUAUGCUGGACACACAUUCCGGUACAUGCGGUCGGUUUGUGGUUGAUGUCCCUUCUUUGAAGCACCUUGAAAUUACAGAUUCUGUAGCUUACGUCGACCUCCGUCGAAUGGAGAAUAUGCCUGUGUUGGAGAAGGCAUGCGUUUGGAUUACUAGUAGUGGAGUGACCCAAGAGUUUUUAAAGGCUCUUACUUCUGUCCACCGCCUUUCACUAUCUUUAUCACUUUCAGAGGUUAUGAUGCAUCCUUCUGGUAUGACAUUCAAUCAGCUUGUUCAUCUGGACUUGUACACUUUAACUGAAGGCUGGUGGGAUCUUCUUACUUGUAUGCUCCAAGAUUCCCCUAAACUGCGAUUUCUCAGACUCAGCAAUAACAAAUUAACAAGUGAAAGCAAAGAGACCCCAAUUGGUUGGAGGCAGCCGAGUUCUGUUCCUGAGUGUUUGUUGUCUAGUCUAGAGGCUUUCGUGUGGAUUGGGUACAAUGGGAGACAAGGGGACAGGGAGAUAGCAAUAUAUCUCCUGAAAAAUACUGCUUGUUUGAAGACAGCGACAUUCUCUCCAGAUUCUACUGAUUUGGGAGAGAAGUAUCAGAUGCUCAAGGUGUUGGCAUCUGUAGCUACAAUAUCUGCUUCGUCUCAGCUUCUAUUCGACUGAAACAAUGGUAAAAAUGUCGUUGUCUUGUAUGGAAAUCUCUUAGUUUUUGGUUAAAUUCCGGCCGGCUAGUGUGACUGAGGCAACCUUCAACUUCGUCUUGGUUUAGUAUUUUUGUUGAUAGUCGUUUAACGAGUCGGUUAAUUAAUCAUCCUCUCUCCUUAAUCUUUUGUGCUCAUCUUGUGCCGGACACACCAAGGAGUUUGCUCAUUAUGAUUUUCCGGUUUA